GGUGCCGCGGGCUGAGCCGUGCUGGGAGCCUGGAGGGGCGCAGCCGGUGCCGCUCGGAGGGAGCGACGGGGUCGGAUCGUUCUGGGUUAAAGUGUCGCUGUGAAGCAAUUAUCCUGUAAAUGGCUCGGUACGGAAGUGAGGGGUUGUUUAGCAAAAUUCCCUGCUCUGUGUGUUCUGCCCGCUUUGAGAGGUUCCGGUCGGGUUAGGCUUGGGUUAUUUCUAUCUGCUGGUGAGACAUCUGUUGGUGAUGGCGGGGAGCUGGUAGGCCUGCUCGUAAUUAAAAGAGUUAAAUAGCAGUCUUGCGUAACUUGUUGGAAUCGUUUCCCUUUCCCGGAGAGCACGAGAUAGGGACGGUGCCUUUGUACGCGGUCCGGUGCUGGCAGCACAGCUGUGUGACAGGACCGCCCCCUGCCCCGCCGUGUGCUCGCUUUUCCGUUCCAGAAUUGUGCUGGCUUGGCGCUUGAGAGCUGACAGCUCUGCCCUGGCACCCUGCGAUGGAAGCUCAGGCCACGCACGGCGUCGGGGAGAAAGUUGGUUUAUGAGGAGAAAAUAGGCUUGAGACGGUGGUGCUGAGAGGAGGGCUCUGAGGUGUGCGGGAUGGCGGGUGUGGGCGCUGCCAGCAUGCAGAGAUGUGUGCUGGAAUGUCGGUCGGAGUUCUCUGAAGUUCUCAGUCAUUAUAAGAGAGUAGGAAUUACCGUGUCAGGUCAGAUCACUGGCUUUCAUAUUAUCCAGCCCUAAGUGCUUAAAUAUCAGCUGUAGGCCACCGCUUAAUGAAAAAUUUAAGCACUACUCUAAAGAAGCUAAUUUAAAUAAGCUAAAAGGAAAAAUACAAGGUGAAGACGAUCAGGUAGUACCUGCUAUAUUAAUUUGAAUCCUUUAUAACAGUUGUGUUGGAUCAGUAUGUUCUCAAAAAUCUCAAAAGUUACUGAUACCUUAAUUGCUUUUUAUAGAUUAAGGCUCAAAUAAUCCUGUCUGCAUUGUAGUUCUCCUUCACCGUCUUCAUCUUUGAGAUCAGUGGCUGACAGAGAAACAGCUGACAUAUGGGAAGAUCUCUGGAUUGAGGGGUUGGUUUUGUUCUCCCAUAGCCCCACCUACAAGUUUCAAAUACAGGGAGCUGGAAAGCAUGUUCUACCUCUGUCAAUCAGGAUAUUUAAUCCCCUUAAUAAGCAUUAGGCGUCAUGUUUACCUUUUCACAGUUAGACCCACAACCAAACUGGAUUUUUAAACUUCUUUUUUUUUAAUGAAGAGGAGUUUGCUGCAUUAGAGGAAGGAUGGUCAGCCAGAUAGCUGAGGUGUUAGCUUACGAUAUCUAAUGGAACCCACAUUGCCCCACUGCCCUUUAGCCUCCCUUGGCCAAGUCGCUUGGCACCAGAGAGCACAUCUCUAAUGAUGUGUGGAAAAGGGCUGAGGAAUGAGUCAUGGGCUGGUUUGAUCUGUGAUUAUCUGCAGUGCCCGUUAGCUCUUUUCUUAGCUCUCUUUUGGACCAGCUUUCUCAAAGACAAGUUCCUGAGUCUUACUGAGCACUAAGAAAACAUCUGGCCCACUGUGUACAUCCAGCCACCGGAUCAAAGGUUCAGUUCUGGAGCUCUUGUAUUUAGCAAUAUGCAGUUGGCCAUUUGUUCUAGCUUUAAAACAUAGGAAAUAACAAUGUACAGAAAUAGAUUACAACGUACCGGGCACUUAAAUACUGUAUUAAAAUCAUACACUGAAAAAGGUAAUGACGACAGAUAUUCCUUGCAUAUGAUCAAGAAACUACUGAAAUGCUCGAUUUCAGGGAAUGUUUCCUCUUGUGUUCUAAGGGAGCGACCCAGCUGGCUUAUUUACUUCAGUAUGCCCACCAUUACUUUGUAUUAAUUUCAAUUCAUUCUUAUUUAUUAAUUUAUUAAAUUCACUCCUUCGGGCUGACUUUUAGUUAUCCUGUGUUAAAAUCAACUCUGAAUUCCUUCCUCUGUUUCUAAGCACAUUGUCACACAAAUGAAUAGUUUGGCACUGGCUGCUGUACACACAGCACAAAUUUGGGAUGUUUCAAACAAUCAGAGACGAGUUAACAAUGCUCCCACUCUUCUGAGUUGCUAAGCCUGUUUUUGUAUCUCUGUCACACAUGGCCAUGCAGUGCUGCCUUGUAUGCACUGGUCCUGCUGACAUCUCAGUUUCCUGACACGUCUUUUAUUUUGGGUUAAUAAAGAUGGAGCUUUAGUGAGAACAGUGCUGUUGACAGUGCAGUGAGCACAUGGAGUGGUACAUUGCUAUUGCUCACUCUUAAGCAGAAAUGCAGCUAUUACUUUUGGAUUUUACUUGAUUUCUCUUCUUGUUUUACACUAACAAUUGUUAGGAAAAGUAAUUAUUUAACAUCUGGACAGUAUCUUUGCCUUAGCUGCCCCCCCAACAAAAACAAAUCAAAACACAUGGAGCAAAGCAGGCAAUGGUGCUGCAGUUUUUGUUCACACAGGCAAGUAGUUACUGCCCUAAGCAGGGACUUCAUACAGGAUUAAAUGCACAGGCACUAUUUUAGACAUUUAUCAAAAUGCUCAAUGUUGCUCAUAAAGAAGUAAACUGUGAUGUGGGUUAAACUCUGACCUUCUUUCUCGCUCUUUUAAGCCUUUUCUGUUUUAGAAGCUUUAAAUAAUUUUUAGAUCAGAGUUCUUCACUGUUAAGCUGUUUUUCGUCUUUAUACCCUGCUUAAAAGAAAAAUGGAUUUUCAGUAAAUGCAGGUGUUGAUUCAAGAUGAUGUGGUUUAGGAGUCCCUAGGUGUUUUUUGCUGGAAAAUUACUUGACAUGCAUAUCUUUAAUUACUCCAUAUCCUUGGUUAAUGUCCAUAAUUUCUUAUUAUGAGGAAACUUAGUGCACUUUCCAUGAGUGAUGCAGGGACAAAAGAAUGGUUCUCCUAGGCCGUAAAAUCUUCACCAUGGUGUAUUAUCUUUCAUAUGAGGAUAAAGCUGUGUCUGCCACGAUGUCCGCUCUUUCAGGUUACUCUCUUUCUAGUUGCUUGCUGUUGUGUUGGUCGGGAGCAUGCUCAUAGCUUCUAACGUUUAUGCUUAGUGGUUACUAACUGCAUAGUUUUUUUCUUAUGCCAGUGUUGUUCUUCAGCCUAAAUCAAAGAUACCAAACCUAUUGGCAGCAGUGUGCAGCAAUGGAACAACUGCGGGAUCCAGUUGUGCAAGAACAUGCAAAUAUUAAAGCUAUUAAUGAGGAGUACACAAAAGCCUUUAUUUUUAUCAAUAAAGGACUACAAGCAGAUGAACUGGGUCAGAAGGGAGAGGCAAGGAAUUACUACAAGCAAGGACUUGACCACUUGCUCCAAGGACUUAGCAUUCCAUCACAGGAUCCUGCAUGUGUGGGACCCCAAUGGGAGUCUGCCAGGCAAAUGCAGCAGAAGAUGAAGGAGACCCUCCAAAAUGUGCGCACUCGACUUGAUAUUCUAGAACAAAACACUCCACCUGUAGGAGCAAGCCCUGCUGCAAUGGAUGCCCCUGCUGGAGUGUCCAAGUUGUACCCACCCAUUCCUUCCACAGAAAAGCCAGAAAGGCCCCCCCCACCUAAUGCUCUGUUUGUACCAAGUCAGCCACCUGCAGCAGAUGGAAGUUUUGCAGCUGCAAGCCAGGGGCAGCUUCCAUCUAUGAGCCCAUCAUCUGCAAAACCUCUGUGUCUGCCAAACGAAGCACCUCCUGCCUAUACUCCUCAAGCUACCAAUGGCCAUUUUACUGUGUCUUAUGGCACAGACUCAGGGGAGUUUUCUUCUGUCAGUGAGGACUACUACAGAAAGUGUACUCAGCCACCUCCCCUUCAAAACCUGGGAGUGGAUGCAGAUGAGCUGAUCUUGAUUCCCCAAGGUGUACAGAUAUUCUUUGUGACUCCUGAUGGGCAGGUCAGUGCUCCUUCAUAUCCUGGAUAUCUCCGCAUUGUGAAGUUCUUGGAUACAGAGAGUGAGAUGGCCCAGAAUCGUCCACCUGCAUUUCUUCAGGUUUGUGACUGGUUGUAUCCUCUGAUGUGCAACCAGUCUCCUGUUCUGUGCUGCAACACAGGAGUCUACAUGUUCCCUGACAUGAUGUCCCAGAUACCGGGAUCCUAUGUGGGAGUAGUGCUGUCUUCAGAACUUCCAGCAGCUGACAGAGAGCUCUUUGAGGAUCUGUUAAAGCAGAUGUCUGACCUUCGACUCCAGGUGCCAGGAUCCUAUGAGAGAGUAGGGUUACCAUCAGAGCUCCCAGCAACAGAGAGAGCGCAUUUUGAAGAUAAAUUAAAACAGCUGUCUGGCCACAAAGUCCAGCCUCCAGAAGCGUCCAGUGAUGCGAUUAAUUUGCCUCAGACUGUACAUAUCCAACCACAUCCUGAAGAAGAGGAAAAUCAGAAAGAGUUGCCAGAAUGGAGUGAGAAAGUUGCCCGUGGAAUCUUGUCAGGUGCAUCUUGGGUAAGCUGGGGCCUCGUAAAAGGAGCAGAAUUUACUGGGAAAGCUAUUCACAAAGGAGCUUCUAAACUGCGAGAACACAUUCAGCCAGAAGAAAAACCUCUGGAAGUCAACCCAACUGUAGCAAAGGGCCUUCAUGUAGCGAAACAGGCUACUGGAGGAGCUGUGAAAGUCAGCCAGUUCUUAGUUGAGGGAGUAUGUUCAAUAGCAAGCUGUGUUGGAAAGGAGCUGGCUCCUCAUGUGAAGAAGCAUGGCAGCAAAUUAGUUCCAGAAUCCCUUAAGAAAGACAAAGAUGGCAAAUCUGCUCUUGAUGGUGCCCUGGUGGUAGCAGCAAGUGGAGUUCAAGGGUUUUCAACAGUGUGGCAAGGUUUAGAAAGUGCAGCUAAGUGCAUUGCUAAAAGUGUUUCAACUGAGACUGUAAAAACUGUGAAACACAAGUAUGGAGAUGAUGCUGGCCGUGCUACUGACAACGCUAUGAGCUCUGCAAUCAAUGUUGGUGUUACAGCAUUCAACAUUGACCAUAUUGGUAUCAAAGCUGUUGUAAAGAAAACUGCAAAGGAAACUGGCCAUGCUGUAUUAGAUGAAUACAAAGUACUGGAUAAAGAGAAAAAGGAUAAAAAAUGAGAACAAUGAAGUAUUUCUCAAAGCCUUAUAUUCAAGAUGAAACUUCAUAUUUAGAAGUAACCACACUGCUAACCUGUGAUUUCAUGCAAAUCAUACUGUGCCCUUCAAGCAACUGUUACUUAAUUUGCCAUGGGAAAAUACAGAAUGGGCAUUCUUAGAAGGAAAAAUGAAAGUAUCCUUAACUCCUCAUUCUUUAUUGAUGCAGGGUAUGAGUUUUCAGUUAAUCAAUUUGCCUCUGUAAGCACUUUCUCAAAAUAUCAUAAGGAAUAAGAGAUUAACACAGGAAUAUAUUAUUAUUAUAGAUGCUUUUGUAAUACACUAUAUUUGUAAAGAAGGUGGUGAUACUGAACAAAUAGGAUUCCUAAUUCUGAUAGAAAUAGGGUUACUAGUUCUUCUUUUUUUUUUUUAAACUAUCCUUAAGUUAAUUUCACUAAAGCAAACUUUCGUAUUUAAUAUGGACUUAAUUUAAGUGUUGUGUCUCAUUCUUUCCUUUGUAGAGAAUUUCUCUUCUCAGCUACUAAGCAGCUAGUCUAAAAUUUCAUUUUUGAAGAAAUGGAAGAUGAGCCUCAGGUAACUAGAUAGUCAUUUCCUUUAAAGCUUUUUUUUUUCCCUCAGCAUAUGAGCAAACCAAAGAUUUUAAGUAUUUAUUCUAAUAACUCUAGCAUUUACAGCUCUAGAAAAAUGUAUUUUCCAGGAGAGUCCAUAAGGAAUAUAUAAAGAUUCUAUGAAAUUGAGAUUUUUAUAUAGAGACAAUGUCUGUUUUUUGCAUAAAUGAAAAUAUUUUUCUUUAAAAACAUUCUACUGAGAACACUGGAAACUUCUAUGCAUUCUGUACUUCUCACCAGUCCAGAAAGAUUCAGAGUACCUGAUGGAAGGCAUUAGGUAUUUGUUUCAGCAGGCCGUUCUAACUGUCAGCAUCUUUAUUCUACUGAAUUCCUAGUUGCACAGGGGACAUCUCUAAAGUGUAUAACAAGCAUUUCUACUUAGGAGAUGUGUGUGGAAUAGAACAAUACUUUUAUGUAGCUUUCUCAUUUUGUUCCUCGUGUAACUUAUUCCUAUUUCAAAUGUAGAACUCUUGAGAUGCUUUUGUACUGCUCCUUAUUUAACAGUUCAUUAUUGAGUUUUAAAGCUGCUAUACAUUCUAAUCUUGGCUGGACCUGCUGGACCUGGCUGAACACUGAAUUUACGACUUGUCUCCAUUUUAAGUAAUUGGAGAAAAUAACUAUAUGUGGAGAGAUUUAUUGAUGACUGGCUGACUGAGAAAAGCCAUGCAGACACUGUGCAGCUGGUUAAGCAACCUUGUUACAUGCAAGGUCAGGUAUGAGAACUAGGAACAAAACAGGAUGCCGAUGGAGAAAGCCGGCAACAGUGUUUUGAGAAGUCUGUAAGAGAGUGUUUGCUGAGAGAUAACCACAAAGCACAAAGAUAGGCGUAGUUGACUCUGACUAGCGAGCCAAUCCUGAGUUCUAUUUAGUAAUAUGUAUGAGCUUAUUAUCCACACUAUAAAUGUACACGCAGCUGAAACAAUAAACGAGAUUUGCUGAUCAUCUACUAUGGUCGUCGCAUUUCUCCCGCUGAUUUCCUACAACUAUAAAUGGUUGUCAGCAAGUUAUCACAGUUAUAAAAAACAUCUGUUAGAAUUGUAAUAAGUGCACAUUUUGUGGUAGGAAUUAUAGGUGUGCACUUGGGGUGAAAACCAUGUGAAACAAGGGAACUAAUCACUUGAAGUGUAACUUUGAUUUAUGAAAAUAAAAAAUAAAAUUGGUCAAA